CCAUCCUUCAGCCUCGCCUGGCGCGAAGUGUACGUUUCACACUGGGGUGCAACAGUUUGCAAAACCACUUCGUCCUGUCGGACACAGCACAUGCUUCAGUCGGGUCUGGGCCCGCAUCGAUUAUUAGAACUCCGACCACCGCGACUUCGACCCGCCACGGGGUCCCCUCGUGGCCCUCCCGAUGUGCCCGAGGACGCGCUGCGGGAGCGGGACCGUCCCAUGGAGCCCGGAUGCCCCGCGGUGCGCACGAUCUGUGACGCCCCUGGUCAGCGAGGGCGGGUCCACGGAUGGGCCAUGGCUGGGAGGGAGCGAGGGAGGCUGGUGCAAGGUGGUCCAUGGUCAGCGAGGGAGGCUGGGUGUAGAGAGAGAGAGAGAGAGAGAGAGACAGCCGGACGAGCAGCCAACGCGUCCCCCCCCCAUGGGUCGCCAGCCGGUCGGCGAGCGGAGGAGCCGCGGGCGGUCUACGCAGCCCCCUUCUUUGGGUGCGGCAGCGGGUGUGCCCGAGCACGGCCGCUCCCACAUCCGGCACCGUGCCUCUGGCAGACCCUGUCGGCGUGUGUGAGGGUUUGGACACCCGAAAUGUGUACCAUAUACACAUUCAGAUCUGUCGCACAACGGCUCUGAAGUGCCGGCGACGGGUGACGAGGCGUCUCAGGUACAGCCCAUGACCUGCUACUCGUGCUGCAUGCUUACAAGCUUGCGUGCACCCUCGCACAUGUCCAAGUUCUGGUCCACAUACAGGUACUGUUUCAUCUUGUCCUGGUGCCACGGCUUAUGCAAGCCGAAGGGCGUCACGUUUGCAUGCCUGAAGCCCUGCUCGAUUGCAAACCUGUCCCUCACAUCAAAACCCGGCGCCCAUGCAACAUCUUGACAAGCUUCCGAGAAGAACACGUCCUCUUGCAUCUUCAAAUCUGGGAUCCCUCGCCUCACGCAUCUCAUCAUUAUUUGCCGAUUCCGCAAAGAUAAACCACCGUUCGACACAUUUUGGUCAUCACCACAGGAAACGGCACCGACGAAGUCGUAGUGUAGGAACUCCGACAAGUGAACCUUAGAGUUGAGGCACAGCAUCGAGUCGCUCUGCAUCGUCAGCACGUGGUCGCACUUCAGCGACUCCCAGAAGGACAUGUUAUCCAACAGGGUGCUGUAUUGGCUGUGCCACCGCGAGUUGUCGGCCAGACCUCGCUCUACCAGAUCACCACCCAGAUCGCUGGUGUCCAAAGGAUCAGCCGCAGCCUCCCGCUGCGCUUGUCCUCGCGCAGGUGCUCGGACAACAAUCCUCCACCAAGCGCGUGACGUACUCCAGAUUGUCCUUACCGUGCAUCAGAGUCAAGACUUGGAUCGCCGGCUCCUUCGUUGCGCACGAGGCUGGCGGUCUCCAGCGCGAGCUGUAUGCUCCUCAGCUUGCGCGGCUCGACGAGGACGGCCUCGACGCAGGAGCUCGCAGGGAGGGCGGGCGCCGGCGCCGAUCCCUGGCGCGAGCCCCACGGUCCUCGCCACCCACGGACGCCAGGCCCACGGCCCCGAAGUCUUGGGCGGUGGGCGCCUCGCUGCGCAUCAUCGCCGCCCGUCGCGCCCCGCCGGCAUGGCGCGCCUCCGGGCCGGGGCGCAGCUCACCUCGUGGGGUCCACGACCACCACCUUGCCUCCAGCAGCAGACC